GGAAAAUAAGAAGAAGAAGAAGAAGAAGAAAAAGGAUUCUAGUUCUUCAUCCUCUGACAGCUCCUCCUCCUCUGACAGCGAUGAUGACAAAAAGAAGAAGAAGAUGAAGAAGAAGAAAAAGGAUUCCAACUCUGAUGAUUCAGAUAGCGAGAAAGACAAGAAGAAGAAGAAGAAGAAAAAGAAGACUAAGGGUUCCUGCUCAUCAGACAGCGAAGACGAUAAGAAGAAGAAGAAGAAGAAGAAGAAGGAUAAGAAGGACGAUUCUGACUGCGAGGAAGACAAGAAGAAAAAGAAGAAGAAGGACAAGAAGAAAAAGAAGGAUAAGGACUCUGACUGCGAGGAAGACAAGAAAAUGAAGAAGAAGGACAAGAAGAAAAAGAAGAAGGAUAUGGACUCUGACAGCGAGGAAGACAAGAAGAAAAAGAAGAAGAAAAAGAAGCAGGAUUCGGGUUCUGACAGCGAGGAAGAUAAGAAGAAGAAAGACAAGAAGAAGGAUAAGAAGAAAGGCAAGAAGAAGGAUAAGAAGAAGAAGAAGAAAGACAAGAAGAAAAAAAAGGAUGACUCCUCAUCUGGAAGUGAUGAUGAAAAGAAGAAGAAGAAGAAAAAGGAGAAGAAGAAAGAAAAGAGUUCCUCUUCUGGAAGUGAUGAUGAUGAGAAGAAAAAGAAGAAAGACAAGAAGGACUCCUGUUCCGAUGUUGAGGGAGCAUCUAAGAAAAAAACAAAGAAGGAUGGCAACAAGAAAGAGGGUGGACCUGAGAAUGAAAAGUGUGGAGAGAUGAAAAAGGAGGAGAAAUAUGUAGGUGGCUUGGUGAUGGGAGGAGGGUGCAUGGAUAGCAAACCAUCUGACGAGGGAUCAGCUAUUCGCCCGAAACCCACCCUGAAGUUGGAGUCUUGGGGGCCGUCGGCAGACGCCAGACCCAACACUCGCUAUGAGUCCCUUUAUAGCCCUCGCACUCUCUCUGUCCCAGGGAGAGCAGCCCCUCCCGCCCGCCACUCAGUCCCUUGGAGGGCCUGAUGCGGAACCCAACCUGGACCAGCGACCGUGACCCAAUGACCGGGAGAGGACCAGCCAGCAGCAGAACCACACUGCUCAAAUCCAGUGAUCUGCUCAGGGGUCCUAAGCCUUAUCAGCCUUAAUUAACAUGGAGAUUGGAAAAGAUAGGCCAAGAUGCUCAUUACAAUCAGGCUGAAACAUGAUCAAAAAGGAAUUCUGUCAGAAAUAAAUAAAUCAUUUCUAUAGGUACAUUUUUGUGAAUCUCUUUUCCAACUGAAGCUGGUCAACUUUUGCAAAUAAUACACUUUUGUCUCUUUGGGAACCUCA